UCCGACUAUUCUCAGCAGACCAUUAUCUGCGCAACAGGAGACUGGGCGGGGAGACGCGCACGGUCUGUCCGCUGUCCCGGCAGCAGAGGAGAAAGACAUCGAAAAAGUUUCUUAAAACAUAAAGAAAAAACAAACAAACUCAUUAACAAUGAGUUUGUACGGAUCCACUUCAAAACUGCCCACUAUGAGCAGAAGUAAUUCGCGACCUGAUCUGGCGAAUUACAGAAACGAUAUGUUCGUCGGUGGAAACGGCUUCCAGGGGGAAUACCAAGCAGGGGACGGCGGAUAUACCUACACUACCUUCUCCAGGACCUCCAUGCACGGCGGAGGUGCGGGAGGGCAGAAUAUGCAAGUUAACAUCGGUGCAGGCGGCGGUGGAAUCAAUGCUGUUGCAAAUAUGCAGCAAAAAGUUCUGUUCUUGACACAACAGUGUCAGGACUUCCUGCAGAAAGCCAGCAUGAUUGUCCAGUCUGGGGGUUCACCAAAGGAGGCUGAUAGGUUUUUAGUUUUUGCUGAAGAAGCCAUGGAGCAGCUGAAGACCUGUGGCCAAAGCCUGAAUCAAAUGCGUGUCCAAACUAAUGUUUUCAGAAGCAUUGAACAGUUACAGAACAUGCAUGCAGGGAUCUCUCAGCAACUUGUCGGCAACUUGUCUGUAAGACGAAAUAGAAGCACUGGGAGCUCCGCUGAUGGGGAGAGGCUCUUUAAUGAUGCUAUGGCCUGGAUUUCACAACAGAAGCGCAUGAUUGAGACAGCUCCAUGGGGAGAUGACUCCACUGCCAUACAAAAGCAAAUCCUGACCCACAACAGCUUCCACAGCUCUAUCCAAAAGAGCUCAGAAGUAGAACGUGCCAGAGAUGAACUGAGUGCAAGAGGUGACAAGUACUACCUCUCCAUACUGGAGCAAGAAUGGGAAGGCCUGCAGAAAAAUUCCCACAGCCGUCUGGGUCAGCUGCGUGAGCUUCAGAAUAUCAUCGAGGAGAUCUCUCAAGCCAUCAUGUGGGUCAACGAGAAAGAGGAGGAGGAGCUUGUGUUUGACUGGGGAGACAAGAACAUUGACUAUUACAUCCCCAAGAAACAAGAGAGCUACUCUAGGCUCAUGAGAGACCUGGAGGAGAAGGAGAAAGAGCUAAACAAGCUGAAGGUGAAAGCAGAUGGCCUCGUGAACAACAGCCAUCCUGCCUCUGAUAAGAUUGAAGCCUACAUGGACACCUUACAGACCCAGUGGAGCUGGCUUCUCCAGAUCACUAAGUGCAUUCAUGUACAUUUGAAAGAGAAUUCUGCCUACAGCCAAUUUUUCAAAGAGGCCAACGAGACCUACAUGAAGCUGCAGAAGCAGCACGAGACAAUUCGGAGCAAAUUCACUUGUGAUAAGAACACCCCCCUGGAUAACCUCACAGAACUUCUGAAAAACCUGGAGAAAGAGAAAGCAUACAUCAUGGAGAACAAGAGGCAGGUCCAAAGUCUGGUCAGCAAGUCUAAGACCAUUGUGAGGCUGAAGCCUCGCAAUGCUGAGGAAAAGAGCAACAGCCCAGUUAUCGUCCAGGCCUUAUGUGACUUUAAACAAGACCAGAAAGGUAUUAUGAAAGGAAAUGAGGGCAUCCUGAAGGACAACUCGCAGCGCAGCAAGUGGCUUGUGACGGGACCAGGAGGCCUCGACAUGAUGAUUCCCUCAGUGUGCUUACUCAUCCCACCACCAAACCCGCUCAGCAUCGGCCUUGCCAACAAAAAUGAGCAGUAUUAUGAUGCGAUCAUGGGCAUUUGGAAUCAACUCUUCAUCAACAUCAAGAGUCUCAUGUCCUGGCAGUACUGCCUGAAAGACAUCAAUUACAUCAACUCUCUCACCCUCAGUAUGCUGUCAAAGAUGCGUCCUGAGGAGUACCGCGCUAUCAUCAAAAGACUGGAGACUCACUACCAGGAGUUCAUGCGGACCAGUCAGGGUUCUGAAAUGUUUGGGGAAGAUGAUAAGAAGGUCAUCCAGGGCCACUUUGACAAGGCCCAGAGCCACUAUGAUACAUUGAUCAUCCAGCUGCCUACAUACAGCAGCAAAGGGGAAGAAGGGACAAAGCCUGAAUCCCCCAAACCGGAUCCCUCCAAGCCUAUCACCAAAAAACCUGCCCCAAAGCCCAAUACCCAGACUCCACCACCGAGUUCCACCCUCAACCUCACACUGCUCAGUAGUUUCCAAGAUCUUCGACGCAGGCUGGAGUUGGCCGAAUCAGGUCUUACCAGUCAUCUCCACAUUCCUCUGGGGGAUAACAGCGUGUAUGAGUGCUCAGUGCACAUUCAGAAGCUCGAGACUAUGCACCAAGAUCUGGACUCAAUUCAUGAUGAGUACUUGCGCCUACGAGAGAAGAUUAUAAAGCAGCUGGAAGGGAUUCCUGCGGACUCGGAGCAUGCCAAGUUCCUUCGCUCUGAACUGGAAGUCAUAAGUCAAAAACUGGGAGGUCUGCAGGACCUUCACACAACCUACCUUCAGAGACUUUCAGCACUUAGGGCCUUGCUUCAGAGCCUUAUGCAGGUCGAGGAUAUCAUUAAAGUUCACGAAGCUCGACUGACUGAGAAGGAGACCAGCUCUCUGGAUCUUCGGGAGCUGGAAAACCAGCGGCUCACACUCAAGCAAAUGAAGAGUGAUUUGGAACAGAGACGAGACCUGCUGACGUCUGUGGAGUCUGAGCUGUCUAAAGCAGUGCACUUGAAUGGUCAAAUUUCUGACUCCUUCCACAAAUGCGACAUAGAUUUGUCCAAGUACUCAGACUUGGUGGGUCAGCUGACUGACCGCUGGCGCCGCAUCCAAGCGCAGAUAGAUAGCAGAGUAUGGGACCUGGAGAAGCAGGAGUCUCAGUUAAAGCAUUAUCAGCAGAGCAGCACUUCCCUGGAACAGUGGAUAGACAAUGCCAGGAAACGCCAGGACACCCUUCAGAGCAUUAAGUUCAGUGACAUCCAGACCCUAAUGGACCACCUCAACCAACAGAAGGCACUUCACAAUGAAAUCAAAGGAAAGAAGGAGAAAAUAGAGGAUAUACAGAAAAAUGCAGACACCUGUGCCGCAUCUAUAAAGGAUUAUGAGCUGCAGCUGGCUUCCUACAGUUCAGGCCUGGAAACUCUGCUUAAUGUUCCCAUCAAGAGAACUAUGCUGCAGUCCCCUGCUUCUGUUCUCAGACAAGAGGCGGCUGACCAACAGACACGUUAUAUUGAGCUACUUACACACUCUAGUGACUACUACAAGUUCCUAGGAGAGUUACUGAAGAACAUGGAAGAGCUGAAGAUAAGGAACACCAAGAUUGAAAUGCUUGAGGAGGAACUGAGGCGUCUGAAGGAGGACCUUCAUGAUCGUAACCAGAAAAACAAGUCUCUGGAGGAUGCUUUGUCCCGUUAUAAGAUGGAGCUCAGCCAAUCACAAAAUCAAAUCAUUUCUAUUGAGGAAGUGAAGAGAUCCUCAGCAAUGCAAGUUAAUGCCGCCAAGGAGAGCCUAGACAGCACACAAAACAGGCUUCAAGAUCUUAAUGAUGAGCUGACCCGCAUCAAAUACCAACUUGAUGAAGAAAAGAGGAAAAGAAGGCUGGCAGAGGAGCGCUACAACAGCCAGCAAGAAGAGUACGAGGCAGCUGUUCGCCGCAGACAGAAAGAGCUGGAAGAACUCAGCUGGACCAAGAUUGACUUAGAAAAGACCGUGAAAGACAAAGAACGUGAGUUUGAGAGGAUGAAGAUACAGCUGGAGGAGGAGGCAGCACGUCGACGAAAUACUGAAUCUGAAAUCUCAAAGGUAAGAACACAGUGCACCCAGGAGAUUAAGCAACUUAAGCAGACAUACGAGACAGAGAUCCACGUUACCAAGACCACAAUCCUGAAAGCCUCACAGCAGAAAGAAGAAGACACAGCAGAACUGAGGCUGCAAGUUGAAAGACUUGCUGCUGAGAAGAGAGAUCUAGAGGAGGAGCUGAGGAGACUGAGGCAGUCCAUUUCUCUUGCAGAAGAGCAGAAAAGCAGGGCAGAGCAGGAGGUCAGCCAGCAGAGGGCCUCAGUGGCACAAGAGACAAGGAUGCGCAGUGAGCUGGAGGUGCAGCUGAUAACGCUCAAGCAGCAGAGAGAAGAGAAUGAGCUCAAAUUGAAGGAAGCCACCAGAAACUAUCAGGAAAAGUCCAGGCAAAUCAGCAUGCUAACAUUUAACCUGGAAGAAGAAGGGAAGAAGAGGAGAGCUCUGGAAUUGGAAAUAAAUCACCUGAAACAAGCUGCUGCUGAGCUGAAGGCAAAGAACACUUCUUAUCUGGAGACGAUUAACAAACUGAAAGUGUCUGAGCAGGAGAUUCGUAUCACUCGAGUGGAGCUGGAAAAGCAAACCACUGAGAAAACUAAGGCUGAGCAGAAUUCUGCCUGGUUGCAGAGCCGUAUUAGGGAACUUCAAAGCUCUCUGGAUGGGAAGGAAGCUGAGUUGGAAAAGCAAAAGAAGGCAACUCAGGAGGAGUUCACUCGUAGAAAGCGAAUGGAAGCUGAGUUGGAGAGGAUGACACAUACUUGCAGAGAGCAUACCACCACAAUUAGCACGCUAAAAUCUAUUCAGAUAGAGGCUUCCAACUCUGGGCUGAAGUAUGAGCAGGACCUCAAGGCUCUUCAGGAGGCUCUGGACAAGAGCCUCAGGGAUCAUAAAGCCACCAAGGAGGAAUUGGCAGGUGUAACAGCCGAGCUGAAGACACUGAAACAGAAGCUUCAGCAGGAACUGGGCCGUAUUCAUGAACUAAACCUACGUAAUGAAAGUCUGUAUAAGACCAUUGAGGAGAAGAGCCGCCAACUUAAUGAAUACACCACAGAGAUUGAGAAGCUGAAGACCCUGACACAGAACCUUACAAAGGAGAGACUGAAAUUGGAGGAAGAGCUGAGAGCACUUAGACAAGAGAGAGAUGAACUGAAGCUCAGCAAAAACGCUAUUGAUGGAGAAAGUGCCACUCAGAUUUCAGCCUUGCAUGUCCAGCUUCAGAGUAGCAACAAGAGAACAUCGGAGCUCCAGGGUCUCAUCAAUGACCUGACCAAGGAGAGAGAAAAGCUUAAAUUGGAAAUAGACAAAUUCCAAAAGCAGUCAAUUGAGACAUCUGUGGUGGUGCAAGAAUCCCAAAGCAAAUACAGCGAGCUGCUGCUGGAGAAGGAUAGUUUGCUAUCCAAGCUCAGACUGUUGGAGCAGGACAAGAACCGUCAGCUGCGACUAGAAGAGGAGCUCACGCGCAUCAAGCUCACGCUAGAGACCGAGCGUCGAAGCAAACAGCAGCUGCAGGAGGAAAAAAAUUCCAUCUUCAAGGAACUGAGCACUAUAAAGAGCCAGUAUGAGCUGAAAAGUUCUCAGAUUAGGCAGUGCGAGUCAGACAGAGACAAGGCUGAUCGAGAGAGGCUUUCCCUCAAGAGCGAGAUUGAGAGGCUCAUGAGGGAGCUUACGAGUAUUGAGGAGAGGUACAAGAGCCGUCUGUUGACCUCAGAAAGGGAGGCAAAAGAGCUGGCUCUCAAGAAAGAGUCCCUGGAAAAAGAAAUACGCAGGCUACAGCAGAGACCCAACACUCUGACUAGGCAGACCCAGACAGAUGAGAAGGUCCAAACAGUUGAUCCAUCGAAGCUCAUAUUUGAUGGGGUGCGCCGCAAAGUCACAGCCCACCAGCUUUGCGACUGUGGUAUAAUUAGUAAAGCUACUCUAGAUGAGCUUCUAAAGGGAAGAAAGACAGUGAUGGAGGUAGCUGCAGACAUCCAGCUCAAUCUUAAGGGCACUGGCAUCAUUGCUGGUAUGACAUCUGCUUCUCAAUGGAAAAUCCCCUUCACUGAAGCCAAAAACAAGAAUAUGCUCAGCCCAGAGAGUGCCCUUAUGCUCCUGGAAGCUCAGGCAGCAACAGGCUACAUAGUGGAUCCUGUAUUUAAUGAGAAGAUGUCUGUCGAUUCUGCCUGUUCCAGAGGAAUUGUAGACACAGAAGACAGAGAUGCCUUGGUGAAAGCUGAAGCAGCAAGCACAGGUUUCAAAGAUCCAUUCACAGGCAAAUUGUUAUCUGUGGGUCAGGCUUGCAGACAGGGACACAUAGAUAAAGAGACAGCUGUCCGCUUGCUCCAGGCUCAGGAGUCUGUUGGGGGCAUAUUGGAUCCUGUCUUGAGUGUCUUCCUUCCAAAAGAUCUGGCCUUGGAUCGCAAUCUUAUUGAUGAGGACCUCUACAGGGCUUUGACUAAAAAACCGACUUGCUACCUGGAUCCAACAACAGGACAGAAGACAAGUUAUAAUGACCUUCGGUUGAAGUGUACAGUGGAACCUGUUUCUGGCUUGCUUUUGCUCUCUGGUCCAGAAAAGCCCUUGACAGUGAAAGGUCUCCGUGGUGAAGUUUCUGUCUCAGAGCUCGUCAGAUCUGAACUGCUGGAUGAAACUGACUUGCAGAAGCUCAGUCAAGGCAAACUCACUAGCAGAGAAAUUGAAGACAAGCUAAAGUCCUAUCUUUAUGGCUCUACUUGUAUUGCAGGGAUCUAUGAUGAAGCCAAUGACAGAAUACUACCUUUUUAUCAGGCAAUGAAGGAGGGUCUGCUUAUGAGAGGGACCACAUUGGAGCUUCUUGAGGCCCAGGCUGCUUCUGGCUUCAUAGUUGAUCCAGUCAACAAUGUUUUCUUGACAGUGGAAGAAGCCGCAAAGAGAUGUCUGAUAGGGAAAGAGUUUAAGAACAAGCUCUUGUCUGCAGAGAAGGCAGUAACAGGAUACAGAGACCCAUCCACAGGAAAGACAAUAUCCCUCUUCCAAGCUAUUGAGAAAGAUCUUAUUGAGAAAGGUCAUGGAAUCCGACUGCUUGAGGCUCAAAUUGCCAGUGGUGGGAUUAUUGACCCCAAAGAGAGCCAUCGUAUUGAUGUUGCUGUUGCCUAUAAGAGGGGAUAUUUUGACAAGGAGUUGAAUGAAAUCUUGACUUAUGAAGGAGAUGACACAAAGGGGUUCUUUGAUCCCAAUACCAAGGAGAACCUGACAUAUCUUCAGCUGAAGGAAAGGUGCAUCAAAGACGAGAAAACAGGUCUAAUACUGCUACCAAUCAGAGACAAGAGAAAGCCGCAGAAGUCACAGGAAAGCCGCACGAACGUCCUCCGCAAGAGGCGGGUUGUAAUUGUUGAUCCAGACACUGGGCUCGAGAUGUCAGUGAGAGAGGCCUAUCACCGUGAGCUGAUUGACUAUGAUACUUUCCUAGACUUGUCAGAGCAGGAGUGCGAGUGGGAGGAAAUAACGAUCACAGGGUCAGAUGGCUCUGCACGCUUGGUUAUAGUGGACAGAAAAACUGGAACCCAGCAUGACAUUCAGGACUGCCUGGAGCGCGGCGUCAUUAACCAAAGGUCUUUGGAUCAGUAUCGUGCUGGAACAAUAACCUUGACCCAAUUUGCUGAUGAAAUUGCCAGGGGGACCAACAGCUCUGAAAUGACCAUUGCAGCCAGCAAUGUUGAUGACAUGAUCACCUGCAGCAGCCCCACCCACGCAACACCAUCUUCUCCCACUGUCCGUAAACGCUUCAACAGUAUAUCCAUUACGGUUUCUCCCCCUGAGAUGUUUGAUGACCAUAGCCCUGUGGCAGCUAUAUUUGACACAGAGACUUUGGAGAAAAUAACUGUUAGUGAAGCGCUUAGAAGAGGCAUAGUUGACACUAUUACAGCACAGAGGCUGCUCGAGGCCCAAGCAUGCACUGGCGGUCUCAUCAACCCUGCUACUGGUGAGAGACUGUCACUGCAAGAUGCCGUCCAUCAGAGCAUCAUUGAGGAAAGCAUGGCCAGUAAGCUAAAACCUGCCCAGAAAGCUUAUGCUGGCUUUGAAGAUGUGAAGACUAAAAGAAGGAUGUCUGCAGCGGAGGCAGUCAAGGAGACAUGGCUGCCAUAUGAAGCUGGCCAGAGAUUUUUGGAGUUUCAGUACCUGACAGGAGGCCUAAUAGAACCUGGCACUGGACGCCGCAUCGGUAUUGAAGAGGCUAUCCGCAGAAGUUGGUUAGAUGGUCAGGGUGCCCAGAAGCUUCAAGAUACUCGGAACCACCAGAAGAACCUGACAUGUCCCAAGACUAAACUGAAAAUAUCUUACAAAGAAGCCAUGGACAGCUGCAUGGUGGAGGAAAGCAACGGUAUGAAGAUGCUGCAGGCAUCAUCAGUGUCUACCAAGGGAAUCAGCAGCCCUUACAAUGUCUCUAACCCAGGAUCUCGCUCUGGGUCAAGGGCUGGUUCCCGUACCGGCUCAAGGAGUGGAUCUCGUAGAGGCAGUGUUGAUUACAGCUCUAUGACCUAUAUAUCCACCAGCAGUUCCACUUUUAGCUCCAACACAUUCUUUUAAUGUACACCACAGAAUGAGAAUAAAUAAUAUCAGACCAGCAUUUCCUGUUUAGUUUGACUUCUUUAUAAGUAUUUGCUUUUCAAAAAAAAUUCUGCUACUUAAAAGUUUGGGAAAAGGUUUUGUUUCUGUUUUUAAUACUUAACCCAAAGUAUUUUUUGUUUGCAGAUUUUAAUGAUUGAGUGUUUCAAUAUUAGAUGCUGAAUGCUAUUCAUGGUUUUAUUGUAACAGCUUUUUAAUUGCUAUAACUUUGUUUUAGUUAAUUUUACUACAGUAUGACUUUUUAUAAUGAUACAUAAUAAAUAUCUGUUGAUUUUAUCUUUAACAUGACCUCAGAAUUAAUGUUGCAUUGUUGUGUGGUUAUUACAAGUUAAUUCAUGAAUUUUUGUUAAUUGCAAAUCCUGAGGUUUGGCUUAAUAUAUAUAUUAUACAUUGCAAUACAUUACAUUAUACAUUGUAACUGUAGCAAAUUCUCACUACUAAAAUGUUCUUGCCUUAUAUCAAAUAAAGUCAC